CGCAGAAAAAUAAUGAUCGCGGAAGCAGAUGCGAGUGCACGUUCAAGCAUCCGAUCUCCGCGUUGAAAGAAAACAACACCGCUGUAUUGCCAAAGAACAACAACAAGCUAUUUCUCGUUGUCCUCAGUCUUUCGAAUAUUGCAAGCGAUAUCGGGUUGAGAAAUUAUCGAUAAGCUAGGAAGUUGUGAGGCAUUACUUCAAUUCGAUUCGCAAACAUUCACCAUGCCCGUCUACAACUUUAAGAAAAUGAGUCCGGUGCCGGCGGCGCCGGAUUUCAUCGACAUUGUCCUCAUGAGAACCCAGCGUCGAACCCCGACUAUUAUUCACCCCGGAUACAAGAUCACGAGAAUCCGUGGCUUCUAGUGAGUAUAUAAUUCGUGACGAGAAGCGAGUCUGUUCGAAACCCUCUUCUUUAUCUCAUAUAUUUUUGUGCCAUUCGUCUUCUGGUUCAAUCCUCUAAAUCAUCUCGAAGCAUGAGAAAGAUUAAAUUUACUCAACAAACAAUUUCCGAAAGGCUGUCGMAGAUUUUGACCGACUUUCCUCGCCUCAACGAUAUCCACCCGUUUUACGCCGAUCUCUGCAAUACCUUGUAUGAUAAAGAUCACUACAAGCUUGCUCUGGGACAACUCAACACGGCCCGUUCGCUCGUGGAUCAAAUCGCUCGGGAUAUGAUUCGCAUGGUGAAGUACGCAGAUUCUGCUUACCGCUGCAAGUGUCUCAAACGAGCAGCACUGGGACGAAUGUGCACGGUCUUAAAGCGACAAAAGGCAUCCCUGGCCUACCUGGAAGAAGUUCGUAAGCAUCUUUCUCGUCUUCCGGCGUUGGAUCCGAACACGAGGACGAUUCUCAUGUGCGGUUUGCCCAAUGUCGGAAAGUCUAGCUUCAUGAACAAAAUUACCCGUGGCAAUGUUGAUGUCCAACCCUAUGCAUUUACUACCAAAUCGCUGUUUGUUGGUCACUGCGAUUACAAGUAUUUGCGGUGGCAGGUGAUCGAUACGCCCGGAAUUUUGGAUCAUUCUUUGGAAGAGAGAAACACCAUUGAGAUGCAGGCAAUUAUUGCUCUUGCCCAUUUGACCUGUAGYGUCUUGUACUUUUGCGAUAUUUCCGAACACUGUGGGUAUACCAUCGAAGCCCAAUGCUCACUCUUCCGGAGUAUCAAGCCCCUGUUUGCGAACAAGCAGCUGAUUCUCGUCGUCAACAAGGUCGAYGAACAACCCUGGGAAACGCUAGACCCUGAGAAAAAAGAAAUGAUCGAGGCAUUGGCCAAGGACGCWAAUUGCUCUCUCAUGACUAUGUCGAACAAAUCGGAGCACGGUGUYUCCGAAGUCAAGGCAUCGGCUUGUGAAAAGCUCCUUGCGUCUCGUGUGGAUGCACGUGUCUCGGGCAAGAAGAUCGAGGGUGUGAUGAAUCGUCUGCAGGUCUUCCACCCCACACCUCGCGAUAAUGUUGAGCGCGGAGCCCAYAUUCCAGAUACCGUCAAGGAUGCGAUCGCCGAAGGSAGAAUCGGAUCGGUCGAUCACAAACCAAAACGUUCGCGAUCAGGAUACGCACAGACCAAGGGUGAUACUGAUGGCGGUGACGAUGAUGAGAUGAACGGAUCGUACCGAAAGACAGCACGUGAUCUCAUGUGGGAGAACGGUGGUCCCGGAGUUUGGGCUCCUGACUACCGAGAACAGUACGAACUCAAGGAAGACGAAUGGAAAUUCGACGCAAUCCCCGAAAUUAUCGACGGAAAAAAUAUCGCUGAUUAUGUUGAUCCUGACAUCGAGAAGAAACUUGCAGAUCUCGAGAUGGAAGAGGAACAACUCCUCAAACAACUCGAGGCGGAGCGAAUGGGAGAAGAACCCGAGUCCGAUUUGGACAGUGAAGAGGAGGCCGCUGUUGAUGCCAUCCGUGACCGCAAAAAGAUUAUCCGAAAAAUGUCUCAGGUUAACAGGAGCGAGAAUAAACCCGUCAUCCCACGCACUGCAAGAGGAAGAACCAAAGAUAAGCACCAGCCGGGAGACCGAUCCGAGGAUGUGGUCAAGGCAAAAAUGGAUAAACUUGGAGUGGAUGCCAGUAAAAUGAUCGAACGAGGCCGAACCAUGGAUCGAGAGCGUGGUCGCAAGCGAGAACGAUCCAGGAAACGCAGUUCCCGUGAUACAGAGGCGAUUGAAUCGGAUGACGAAAUGCAGGAUGCAACAAUGAGCAAAACACAGGCCAAGAAAAAGAAGCGAUCGAAGAGCGAAGCUGCUAGACGUGAAGCAAGCGUCACAAGGGGGCACUCGAAACCUCGUGAUCCGUCUCAGGUUGGUCUUUAUUCAGAAUCCGCAGUUAAGGCAGCCAAGAAAUUGGAGCGCCUUGGUCGCAAGGGUUGGCAUGGAGCGUCAGGAGAAGGUGAUAAUCGCAAGUCGGAGCAUCUGGUCAAAUGGAUGAAUACCGGGAAGAAGCGUAUGGGAACCCACGACUGGCGAUAAAUGCACUGAAAUCGGACUGACAUUAGCAAUUGUUGCCACACAAAUGUUUAAACAUAGUAAAUAUUUGUAUUCUACUUCUAUUACUAGUGAUUGUAUUUCCAAACUUUCCAACUGCUCUGUUAUCCGACCCUACUGACGCAAAGGCGAUAACUGGAUCAUUCCAUAUGGUGGUCGUGUUUUGCAGCUACUGUUGCUGCAUGGUGAUCUAGCGAAAGGGUGAUAAACUUCCGUGAUGCGAACGGGGAUGUCCAAUCGGAUGAGUGCUGCAUUCACUGUGACAGCAACCCGAUGGAAGGUGUGAGAAUCCAAAAAUGGGUCGAUCACCACAUAUUCAUUUUUAUCACCAGUGGAGAGAUCGAGAACAAGAUUCCACAAAGUCCGGUACAACUGGAAUGGAGAACCAAAAGGGUGAAGAACCCAAUCUAUUUCAUUGUUCUUGGCGCUCUCCGGUUGUUCGUUCUCUGCAUCAAACCAUGAUCGGGAAUCUUUGAGGAUCUGCUGGUGAUCUUCGUGUGAAUUYUGAAUAUGCUCGCGUGUAGCAUCAACAGAUUGGAAGAUGACGUCGAGCUUCCCUCGUACCGAGUCCAGAUCAAGUUCAUCAAUUGAUACCUGCUUUUUUGUUUUUAUUGUAAUACCUACUGUCGGAAAGGGACUAUGCCACUGCGGAGACCACAUCCGUGGUGAAUGCUUGAAAUUAGGGUGGAACAAAUCCAAUCGAAAUUCUAUAUUGCUUGGCAAGAGUGGYCUGGUCAUUUGAAUGGCUUCUAGUAUAGUCACCAUGGUAUCAUAGUUCCAAAUAGAUUCCGAUUUUGGAAACACAAUCAAUUUCGCGGAAUUUCGUGACGAGGAAGACUUWGGUGAUGUCGAAGUUUCUUCUUCGAGGGCCUCUACGAUUCUGUUCCACAGGAAUGCCAAGGUUUCUGCCGUAGAAUGGCAAGAGGAUGCAACGAACAAGUCAUUGAUGCCGUCGUAUUGAACAUUAGUUACCCGUUGUCGCUCCAUUCUUCUUGGGAUGUCGUCCGUAUUUGAAUCGGAAGGAGAUGCGUCUUCAUCUUCACUCCAAACAAUAUCUGUGUCCACUACCCAACGCAAGGUYUCUUCUUCAACUUGCUCGUCUGUGAGCAUCCCGGCUGAUUUUGGAUUGUAGCCUAGGAAUCUGUCAAGAGCUCGUUKUUUUUCGUCCGACUGAGAAAUGAUCCAAAAGUCAUUUUCGUCAUUAUUGAGACUAUUGCAUCGAGAAAAGAUAUUGUUGCUUGCGAGGAGUGGAUUUUUCAAUCGUUCUUCCACCUCUUUUGACCGUUCGCAAUCAUCAAAAUACAUUAAAAAACUAGCAUCAA